AUGUCUCACCACGUCAAUGGGGAUCCCUCUUCCAUCUUCCCUCUUGAGGGCGGCUGCGCCUGCGGCAACAUCAGGUACUCUCUCAAUGCCUCGCCCCUGGUCGUCCACUGCUGCUACUGCACAUGCUGUCAGCGCGAAACCGGCACCGCAUUCGCCCUUAACGCCGUGGUCGAGGGGGACGAGGUGACUCUCCUCCCGAGCAAUCCUUCCGCCUCGCCGAUCCAACCGCUGGCAUCUUUCCCGAACUCCAUCCGCGACGACUGGACUCACAAGCUGUCUGGACCCGACGGAAACCACGAGAUCAACAAGUCAGGCGGCUCUACCGGGGAGCAGAGCAGGGCAGGUAUCUCCUCACCUGUCAUGCUACCCGUUCCAGCCGAAUCAGGCGCUCCGCAACACAUUGCUCGUUGCCCACUUUGUCUUACACCUGUGUGGAGCAACUAUGACGGGACUGGCCCCUUGAUGAAGUUCAUCCGCGUCGGGACCCUCGACUCAUCAGCUCUGCUGGGUGGUCCGGAUGCCUACAUCUUCACGCGCAGCAAACAGCCAUUUCUCGAGAUUGCCAAUGAUGGCAAGCCUCGCUUCGACGGCUUCUAUCCGUCAAAGGAGGGCGUUUGGAGCCCCGAGGCGUUGGUUCGUCGGGAUAAACUAAUUGUUCGCGUUAAAAAAUGGAGGGAAGAGAACGGCUUGGAUGUAUAA